AACCAAGCCAACAUUAGACAACUGAUCUGUAAUCAGUCUUUACUUCUUUCUAAUCAUAGUCUACCGCCGGAAACCAAAUGUUGAAACUGACCCGGGACCAGUGAGCGGAUGCUGCCAGUAGCCGGCUGGUGUAACCGUGGAAUAUGACCCGACGGGAAUAAGGCGGAACGUUUGAGUAUUGUGAAUAUUUGCUCUACGGACAUAAAUACUGUUACAACAGUCGCUGUGAAGUUGUUGGAAACCCUCUGAUCUCUUGAGUGCAGUCGGUUAAUGUCAGAGUUUUGAAAUCCACAUAGCUUCGGGUGGGUGUCGUCAUGGGGGUGCACGGACUGUGGAGGCUGCUGGAGAGCUCAGGGAAACCCAUCAACCCGGAGACCCUGGAGGGGAAGAUCCUCGCUGUCGACAUCAGCAUAUGGCUGAACCAGGCCGUGAAGGGGGUGAGGGACCGGGACGGCAACAGCGUCCAGAACGCCCACCUCCUCACUCUCUUCCACCGGGUCUGCAAGCUGCUCUUCUUUCGCAUCCGGCCAGUCUUUGUGUUUGACGGGGACGCACCGCUGCUGAAGAGGCAGACUCUGGCGCUGAGGAGGCAGAGGAAGGAGGAGUUGAACCGAGAGUCCAAACAGACCAAUGAGAAACUGCUCAAGACGUUCCUCAAGAGACAAGCUAUCAAAGCUGCACUUGGAGACCGCAGUCAGGACCCUCUCCCCAGCCUCUCCACUGUGAAGAGACCUGAGGUAGACGACAUGUAUGUUCUUCCAGCCCUGCCACCUGUAGAGGAGAAGGACGAAAGCGGAUCAGAGGCCAGGCAAAGCUCAGAUGAGGAGGAACAUAAAGAGUCGGAGGGGAAUGACAGUUAUCAUAUGUAUCAGGGCGAGCGGCCUGGAGACCCCAACUCAGUGGACAUCAACUCAGAGGAGUUUGCCUGCCUGCCUCCUGAGAUGAAACACGAGAUCCUCAAAGACAUGAAGGAGUUUUCCAAACGCCGCCGCACCCUGUACGAGCAACCUCCAGAGCUUUCGGGUGACUUUUCCCAGUACCAGUUGUCCGGCCUGCUGCAGAGGAACAAGCUGAACCAGCGUCUGGAGGGAGUGGAGAAAGAGAUGAACGAGCGGAGCGCCGGCAGCGCUCCACAGCUCUGCCAACAGGACGGGCAGAGUCACAGCGUGGAGGCACGUCGACUGGUUUCAGAAGACAAUUCCCACUAUAUACUCAUUAAAGGCUCCAAAAAGAUUAAAACUGCCACAGAGAGUCAAACUGCCCCCGAGAGCCAACCGGCCACUGCACCCUGGGCUGGCAGCUCCCUGACAGGCUGCAGGAGACGAGCAGCCGACCGACCCGAGCCCCUGUGGCGACUUGUGGGUGAGGGAGAGGAUGAAAAGCCGAGUCCCUCCAAAGAAGACUUCAAAUGCUCAGCAUCAGAACCAGCUCAGGGGGAUCCAUCGCCACCCUCCCCUCGCACACUGGAGGCGAUCCAGGCCGCAAUGAACGACAGCUCAGAUGAGGAGAUGGUGGGACGGGGGAAGAAGGAUGGCAGCGUGUCUCCACGUACUCUGCUGGCAAUCCAAAAAGUUCUGGUUGAGGAGGAAGAAAGUGGAGCUCAUCAGAGAAACGUAUCCGUCCACCUGCAGACGGACAUUCAUGGUCCUGUGCCACAAAUGGUGCUUAUCAGCUCAGAGGAAGAGACAGAACCCCAUGAUGCAAAGCGCUUAUUAACUAGUACUGACUCUAGGGAGAACACAACAGGCAGAAGUCCACGUGUGAACGACAGCUUGCUUGUUAGUAGCUCUGAAGACGAGAUGGAGGACGUGAUUGGUCAGCGUAAUAAAGCACUUCACAGUGCAGUGCUGCCACAACCUCAGAGGAAAGCGAUGAGGUCAGAAGUGGAGAUAAAGGACAGAGAGAUAAAGGACAGAGAGCUGAAAGAGGAUGUGACGACAGGAAGUGGAGGGCAGAUAGAAAAGAAGGAUGAUUUGGUUCAACCACUCGUUGCUGCUGCUUCUAGUCAAAACACAUCAUCCAUCGAUCUUUCUGCUCAGCGGGCAGGAAAACCUCAGAGUGCAGAGACUCCGCCUGUCCUGUCAGAGCAGAGAAGAACCGUGUCCGCUGAGACUCUGGAGGAGAGGGAUGAAGAUGAUGUGAAGUCACAGGGAGGCGAGGAGAGCGAGUCAGAAGACAGCUUCAUGGAGGUCUCAGAAGAAGAAUUUAAAGAGGAGGAUGAAGAUGAUUCAAUCCUGGAAAUUGGAGAGAUGGAGCAUCCGGCUGAUGUCAAUGAAGAUGAGACCAAGAAGAAAGAAGAACCAGAGGGGAGUUCAGACGAGGACAAACAGAGACAGGAUGAAGAAGAUGAGGAGAAAGAAAAAGAGGCCAGCUCAAAUGCAGCCGUCAACGCAUGGGAUCACUUGGAUAUGGAUGAGCUGGAGGCUCUGGAGAGCUCUCUGCAGGUGGAGCAGAGCAGCCUGAGGGAGCAGAAACAGCAGCAGGAGAGGAUGGCGAACACGGUCACCGGACAGAUGUACCUGGAGAGCCAGGAGCUGCUGCGACUGUUCGGCGUGCCCUUCCUGGUGGCGCCGAUGGAGGCCGAGGCUCAGUGUGCAGAGCUCGACCGCGCCGAACACACUCACGGGACCAUCACGGACGACUCUGAUGUGUGGCUUUUCGGAGGGCGGCACGUGUACAAAAACUUCUUCAGCCAGAGCAAAUACGUGGAACAUUACCAGUGCAGUGAUCUGCAGAACCAACUGGGUCUGGACCGGACCAAGCUGAUAAACCUGGCAUACCUGCUAGGAAGUGACUACACAGAGGGCGUGCCGGGGGUCGGGUACGUGACCGGCAUGGAGAUACUGAAUGAGUUCCCAGGACCGGGGUUGGAUCCGCUCAAACAGUUCAGUGAGUGGUGGUCAGAGGCUCAGGAGAAAAAGCGCCUGGCGGCUAACCCGCGGGACACAAAGGUGAAGAAGAAGUUGAGGGAUCUAAAACUGCGACCUGGGUUCCCAAACCCGGCGGUGGCUCAGGCGUAUCUGCAGCCCGCUGUGGACCACUCAGACGGCUCCUUCAGCUGGGGACGCCCACAGAUCGACGUGAUUAAAGAGUUCUGUCUGAAUCGGUUUGGUUGGAGCAGUCGGAAAACAGAGGACACUCUUCAGCCUAUGAUCAAGCAGCUCAACACGCAGCAGACUCAGCUGCGGAUCGACUCUUUCUUCCGAAUGGAGCAACAAGAGAAACAAGCGAUCCGCAGCCAGCGACUCCGCAGAGCGGUCACCUGCCUGAAGAGGAAGGAAAAGGGAGAAGGAGAGGAGGAGAGUGAGGAGGAGAUGCCUUCCCCAAUCAAAUCCAAAAGAGGGAAGGAAGCAAGCAAGAAUUCAAAGAAAGGAGGAGGAGGAGAGAAGGAAACGGAGAGAGCCGUGGCAGGAGGAGGGUUUCUGGGGUCAGAGGUGACAGAUGAAUCUCCUCAUACGUCUCUCAAGGACGUGAGCAGCAUCAACCAGGAGUCCAUCUCAGUAAAGUCUGUCCCUCAGUCGACUAAGCCUCCACCUCGGAAGGUCAGGAGCAGCAGCAGCAGCUCUGGCGAGGACAGCGAUGGUUUUGGCGAAGUCGCUAUGGUGACAGCCCGAUCUGUCUUUGAAGACAGCGCACAAGGUCGCAACGUGAAAAACACGAGAGGGAGAGGGAAGGGAAGAGGAAAGAAAAUGCGAGGAAAAAACUGAAAACUAGAUUGGCACUCAGAGCGUAUACCUCUGCCAAGGCCCAACAGUCCCCUUAUGAAGCCACAUUUAAAUACAACAGAUACAGAUUUUUGAUUGGAUCUGAACCAAAUUGCACAGCCUCAUAACUAUCAGUCAAGGUUUAUGAAAUAUUCUCUGAGAAAUCAAUGUUGAAAAAUCCCCGAAAUCUGCCACCUGGGGCAGAUCUGCACCAAUUUGAUGGAUUUUUUCCCGACCACAACCUUCCACUUAGUUUUAUCAUAAUCUGUCUUGUAGUUUUUGCAUAAUCUUGCUGAGAAACUAAAAACCAAACGAGACCUAAGCUCCUUGUUGGAGGUAAUGAUGCCUGUGAUAUUGUAUUUGAUGUUGAUUUAUGGAAAUGUGAAAGUGAAAAUGCAUCCUGUCAUUAACAAAUAUGAAUUUGAACAGUUUUUUUCUAUAUCAUGGAAAAUGUAUUUUGUAAAUUGUUUGUGACUAAAAUAUUUUUUUUACCUGUUUGGAUGUAGAUCUGUUAGAGGAAGACAAUAUGAUGUGAAUUUAUUUGAAGCUGAAUGCUUUUAAAUAUUUCCACACUGGA